AGGUUCCAGGCUAACACCAGCUCUUUGCUGGGCCAGAGGAAAGAACCGCUUAUGUCAGCGGGGGGGGCGGAGUUGUUCACAACUACAACAAUAGCAAGACCGCGAAUGGUCGCCAUUUUUAAGUGACAAGAUUUCAUGGAUGCAGUAAAGCAGCAGUGGUCUGUGGAGGAGACAACCUGUCUCCUAGCGAUAUGGUCCACAGAUGAAGUCCAGGCGAAACUGGAGGGUGCUACGCGGACCAAGCCCGUAUUACACCAAAUACAAAAAGAGAUGGCUGCAGCGGGGUACGAAAGUACUCUCGAGCAGAUCAGCAACAAAUUAAAGAAGCUGAAGAAGGACUACAGGGACCAAAAAAAGGACCUCGGUCGAAGCGGCAACGGGCGGCCGAGGAAGAACCCCCACUUCGAUAUUCUGGACUCGGUUCUCGGCGAUAGACAGGCAAAUAACGCCACCGGAGCCUUAAAUUCAGCGACAGCGCCGCAAUCAGAGCCUGAGUUGUCCACCAUCGGGGACGAGGACCUGAUGUCUCCACUCCACUGCAGCUCUCCUGCACCAUCCAGCAGCUCAGGACAAUUGCAGCAGACCAGACCUGCCAAGAGGAAGCGAGACAGCAACACUGAGCUCCUGGAAUACCUUGAGCAGGCGGACGAGAGGUUCUUGCAGCACAGCAAGGAAAUGAACGAUGCCUUGCUGCACAAGCUGGAGGCAGACAACAGUGCGUUCCUCAGUAUAAUGGGGCACAUGGUGUCUGUAAUGGAGGCACAAGCCAGAAAAUAA